AUGGCCGACGACAAGGAGGCAGCAGAGGCUUUAAUAGCAGAUCUCCAAAAGAAAAUCAAAGAUGCUUUUGCUGUUUUCGAUCAUGAGGGUAACAACACUGUGGAUGUCAGGGAAAUCGGUACAAUCAUUAGAUCUCUGGGCUGUUGUCCAAGUGAAGAAGAACUUCACGAAAUGUUAGCAGAGGUGGAGGAAGAAGAACCCACUGGCUAUAUACAGUUUGAUAAGUUCCUUCCGAUGAUGACUAAAGUAUUAAUAGAAAGAAAAUACAGACCCCAGCCAGAGGAUGUUAUUUUACGAGCAUUCGAGGUGUUAGAUAAGAAUAACAAUGGUUAUCUUACUCAAGAGGAACUUACAAAAUAUUUGACUGAAGAAGGGGAGCCAUUUACACAAGAGGAGAUGGAAGAGAUGCUGUCAGCUGCUGUGGAUCCAGAUAAAAAUGUUAUCCUUUACAAAGAUUUUGCAGCAAUGAUGACAGUGGAAGACUACUAAACAUAUUUGCACUUCUCAGCUACUGGCAAAUUUGUCUGGAAAGCCCUUUCAGAACACUGCAAUGACAACAGCACUCCUGAAAAUGCAAGAUUUCAUACAAAUAUAUCUGGU